AUGGCAGCCAUUCAAGCAAAAUGGACCAAAGUCGUCGAGUCCGAGAUCCUCCAGCGAUCAUCCCAGAUAGUCUCCGCCAUUGACAAACAGAUCUAUAUCUUUGGCGGGGAGUUGCGGCCACGAGAACCCAGAGACAACGACGUCCACCUUGUCUCACUUGGAAACCCCGCAACCCUAUCCGCCAAACCCUCAACCGACCAAUCCCCCUCACCACGAGUAGGAACGGCAUCAGCAACCCUGAAUGGCAAAAUCUACCUAUUCUCCGGACGCGGCGGCACAGCCAUGGCACCGAUAGAAGAAAGCGGCGCGAUGUGGGAAUUCGACCCCAGCGCCGACAAAUGGUCCCUCCUAGCACCACAGACAAACGCAACCUCGGUCCCCGCAGCGCGCAGCUACCACUGCACAGCCAGCGACGGCAAAGACACCGUGUUCAUCCACGCAGGCUGCCCAGAGAACGGCCGUCUAUCGGAUCUGUGGGCGUUCAGCGUGUCGCAGAAGACAUGGACGGAACUUGCGCCGGCGCCGGAUCCACCGCGCGGUGGGACGUCUAUUGCCUUUGCCGGGGACAGACUGUAUCGGAUGAAUGGGUUUGAUGGGAAGCAGGAGCAGGGUGGUAGAGUCGAUGUCUAUGAGCCUGGGGCUAAUGUGUGGAGCUCGCACGAGUUUGUUGCGGAUGGUGUCACUGGGCCGUCGCCGCGGAGUGUGGCGGCUUUGCUUCCUCUUGUUGUUUCUGGUCGAGUUUCUUUGGUUACCCUGUUUGGUGAGCGGGAUCCUAGUUCCUUGGGACAUCAGGGGGCGGGUAAGAUGCUCGGUGAUGUGUGGGUGUUUGAUGUUGAGACCAAGUUGUUGAGGCUCAGGGGGGAUGAGAGUCCUGCUCCACGGGGUUGGUUUGAUGCGGAUGUGCUCGAUGCUGGCAGUGUUGUGGUGCACGGUGGACUGGGAGAAUCAAAUGAUCGGCUGGGUGACCUUUGGACUCUACAGUUUUUCUAG